AUGAGUGACGAGAAUCAAGAGAUUAUAGUUAUUGGUCAUUGUAAUCCAGAUACAGAUGCAAUUACAGCAGCAUUAGUUUAUGCUGAAUUUCUUCGUCAAAUGAAUGUUAAUGCUAAAGCUUAUCGUCUUGGUGAUCUCAAUAAUGAGACUAAAUUUGUAUUGAAAAGUGUCGAUAUUGAAGAACCUGAAAUGUUACCAGAUAAUAUACCCGAAGGUACACAAGUUGCAUUAGUCGAUCAUAAUGAAAGUCAACAAUCUAUGAAAAAUUUGAAAAAAAUGCGUGUUACUCAUGUUGUUGAUCAUCAUAAAUUAGGCGAUCUAACAACUUCUGAACCUGUCUAUUUACGUUUUGAACCUGUUGGAUGUACUGGUACAAUUUUAACAAAAUUAUUUCGUGAACACAAUUUGAAUAUUGAUCAGAAAACAGCUUUUCUACUGAUAAGUGCUAUUCUCAGUGAUACACUUCAUUUUCGAUCAUCAACGACCACUGAUGAUGAUAGAAACAUUGUUGAAUAUUUACAUCCACUUGCAAAAAUUGAUAAUCUGGAAUCUCAUGCUAAUAAAUUACUCGAAGCCAAAAGUGAUUUAACAGGAUUUUCGACACAGAAAAUUCUUCUUCUUGAUUAUAAAACAUAUGAUUUUAAUGAUGAGCAUUGGGGAGUAGGUGCCUGUGAAACAUGUAAAGUGGAUACAUUGUUAGAACGAAAGGAUGAAUUACUUAAAGAAAUGAAUGAAGAAAAGAAGAAAAGCAAUUUAACAGGUAUUUUAUUUUCAAUUGUUGAUAUUCUUAAAGAAAAAAACUUGACAUUAAUAUCUGGUGAACAUGAAGAACAAGUAGUUCGAGCAGCAUUCAAGGUUGAUGUUAAUGAUUGUAUAGCUGAUUUGGGUUCAAAAAUAAGUCGAAAAAAACAAAUUAUUCCAGCACUUGAAGCAUAUUUUAAGUCCAAUUCGUAA